AUGUUUUUGACACGCAGUGAAUACGAUCGUGGAGUGAACACUUUCUCACCGGAAGGUCGCCUGUUUCAGGUCGAAUACGCGAUUGAAGCCGUGAAACUUGGAUCUACUAGCAUCGGAAUUCGCACUAAUGAAGGUGUAUUGCUUGCUGCUGAAAAGCGUUCCACAUCCAAAUUGAUGGUGAAUGAUGCUAUUGAGAAAAUCAGCAAAGUUGAUCAGCAUGUUGCUGUGACAUUUGCUGGACUGAUCGCCGAUUCGAGAACGCUUGUCGAGCGCGCUCAAAUCGAAGCCCAGAAUUUCUGGUUCACUUAUAAUCGAAAAAUUCGCGUAGAAGAUGUGACCCAAUCGGUUGCCAACUUGGCUCUUCAAUUUGGAGACGAUGAUGUCAAAGCGUCGAUGUCCCGCCCAUUCGGUGUCGCAAUGCUCUUCGCCGGUGUUGAUCAAGAAGGCGCGAAACUUUUCCAUUUGGAUCCUUCUGGAACAUUCAUUGACUGCAAGGCGAAGUCGAUUGGAGCUGCCAGUGACGGUGCUGAGCAGAAUCUCAAGGAACAGUAUCAUGAUGCGAUGACCAUUCAAGAGGCGUUGAAAGUCUCAUUGGCGAUCCUGAAGCAGGUAAUGGAGGAGAAGCUCAACUCGGCGAACGUUGAAGUCGUUGUUAUCAAGCCGACAAAGGAUUCGAGCGGGCGCCAAAUUGGAAACUUCGAGCGGGUGUCGAAUGAUGAGCUCGACAAGAUCAUUGGAUCACUUUGA